AUGUCUCGCUACGAGGAUUAUCGCUCGUCAUCGGGCACCCUCGACUCUCGCGACCGAUAUGACAGAUACUCGCGAGGACCACCAGUAAUGGAACGUGAACGAGCCCGCUCACGACCCCGCCACAUGGAAGAUGAACGCUUCGAAUUCAGAUUCCAAGAAGAAGAUCGCUACGGUCCGCCCGCACGCGCUCCGGGCCGUCACUACGAAGACGAGCACCUGGUUCACACAUCCGGACCCCUGGUGGCGUCUGACCGUCGCCGUCGCCGAGACGAGAGUCCAUCCUUCGCUCCGCCACGUUUAAUUAGGCGACAGUCGUCCCUUGAUACCUUUGAUCGUAUUCCUAGACGCAAGAUGGAGCCUGCGCCUAGGGCUCCGAGGGUGCCUCAGCCACCGCUGCGGCCGGCCCCAGGUCGUUAUCGGGAGCGUGAGGUUUACGAGGAUAUUCGUAUCGCUGAGCCGGAUUACUACGGCGACGAAGAAUUUCGUGAGUUUAAGGAAAGGGAUAGUCAUCGCAGACGUUCUGGAAGUAUGGCUCGACGCCGGCAUGAAGACAAGCCUUACCCGCGGAAAGGCAAGACGCGCAUUCCGCGCAAAUUUGUGCAUAUUCAUGCGAUCUUGGAUUUGGGAUAUCCUUUCAAGGAAGAGGAGGAUACCAUCAUUAUCCAAAAGGCUUUGUCGAAGGAGCAGAUUGAUGAAGUGAUCACUCUCAGUCGACAGUUUAGAAGACCUAUGCUCGAGGAGACCGAAUACUUGCAAAUUCAACGGCCACGCGAGCGGGUUACAACGGAGCAUCUCCUGCUUGAGUCUCAUCACACCCCCCGCGCCAGCCACGAGACUUUUAUUGUCGAGGCACCCUCUCACCCCCGAGAUUAUGAGUACGAGUAUGAGGAGGUGAUUGAGCGGCCUGUUGAGAGACCUCGCGUGCAUACCAUCUCCCGGCCACGAUCUGUAUCGGUGCAUACACACGGUCGCGUGUCGUCUCCCGUUAGAUAUAUCGAGCCUCGAUCUAGCCAUGUUGAAGAACGCAUUGAGGCGAGACCUCGUGACUCCGGCACCUUGGUUGUGAUGCGGCCCCGACACAGCGACCAUGAUGUAUCAGACUACGUUGAAGAUCUAGAAGAGGAAAUGAGAUUGUUGCGUUUGGAGCGACAGGGCGGUAUUGAGAUCACGCGACAGCGUGAGACGGAUAUCAUUGACAGCAAGGGCAAUGCAGAGGAGAUAAUUGAAACUCGCCGUCAAGAACGCAGAGAACCUAGUUCGCGGGUGAUGCGAGCCAUGAUGGCCACCUUGACUUAA